AGUUGCGUUUGGUUUACAGGAAACGAAUAUGAGGACACAUUGUCGUGGAGCAGGAGUUGAAACACUGUAACGAUCCACUGCUCACAGACUGAGAAGCCCACUUUGAUUAAGGUGCACGAGGAAGGUUUUCAGACACAGCACCUGCACGUGAAGACAGGCUAGGGAGCCAUGUCUACCGCGGUGGAUCUGAAGACGAAGGAGGAGAAGGAUGCCGAGCUGGACCGGAGGAUCGAGGCCCUGAGGAAGAAGAACGAAGCGCUGGUCAAGAGGUACCAGGAAAUAGAAGAGGACAAAAAGAAGGCGGAGCAAGAGGGCAUCGCCGUGACGACAGCCAGGAAGCCCCGCCCUCACGAUGGAGAACCAGACAGGCGGAGGACAGAGAAGGAGAACUUCACUGUGACCGUAGACCUGUCCAGGCCUGCAGGGCUCAUACAAGGAGGCAACACAGUGCGCUUCACAGGGGGAGAGCGGCGGGGGAGGGGAUACAAACGUGGAUGUUUGGCAGAUUACCAGACGUGUGGUGGAGGAGUGAACUAA